AAUGCACACACACACUCUGAUGCCCAUGCACAGGGAGACAACAGGAGGCGGACAGAGACUUCAGUUGCAGAAUGUCCACUUGCUGCAGUCAGACAUGUAGGAGGAGUAGCUGCUCUGCUCGCCGUUCCAGCUCUGUUUCAGUCCUGUAAGCACCUCCCAUCCCCCCCAGUGUUCGCUCCCUGGUCUGCGGUUGCUAAGGGGCUGGCUGGAAUGACCCGGACAGAAGAGCUCUGAUCUUCAGUUCAGAUGCAUGCCCAUAUAGGAGGGCACCGCUGUGCAGACCAAGGGUCUUCAACAGGCACAGCUUGAGAGGAGGACUUCCACAGAGACACACAGACACACACACUCCAACCUCGAGUGUGUUUGUGGGAGUUUCCUGCUGAAGGAGAGACCUUCUUUCCAGAAGUCAGCACUCAGAGAUCGUGAAUGAUUGCGACACAGAGAGCAGCCUUUGCAGCGCGACCCCGUCCCAUGUUGCUCCCUCCUCUCAGGGAAUGGCCAAGGUCCAGGAUGGACACACGAACACAUGUGAAAGCACUGACAUGUUAGAGGAGAGCCACGAUGGUAUGGACAGUGGCACCCUGAGUCCUCCUUCAGCUCGACAGGUUACCAUCAAGCGCCACCCUACUCAAGGCUUCGGCUUCAUAGCAGGCAGCCAGAGGCCUGUCAUCGUUCGCUCCGUCUCUGCCGACGGACCUUCCUUUGGAAAACUUCUCCCUGGAGACCAGAUCUUGGCCAUAAACGAAGAGACGGUGAGCGACGCGCCACGAGAGAGAGUCAUAGACCUUGUAAGACGCUGCAAAGACACCAUAGUUCUCACUGUGCUGCAGCCCCAGCAGUCACCUAAGUCUGCCUUCAUAAGUGCUGCCAAAAAGGCCCGCCUGCGAACCAACCCCCCUAAAGUGCGCUUUUCAGAGCAAGUGUCGAUCAGCGACCCGGACUCAACAAUGCUUAAGGACGACUCCUUGCUGCUCAUACCAAAUGUGCUGAAGGUGUUCUUGGAGAAUGGACAGAUUAAAUCUUUUACGUUUGACAGCCGCACUACUGUUAGGGAUGUGAUCUCCUCCCUGCAGGACCGCCUCUCAUUGCGCUACAUUGAGCACUUUGCCUUGGUGCUGGAGGCAGGUGGGCUGGACCAGAAUCAGAGGUUGCAUCUGCUGCAGGAGAAUCAGCCACUGACACAUGUGGUGCACAGAACCUAUUUCCAGGGGAUGAAGUGUCUGUUCCGUGUGUGCUUCUUCCCCAAGGACCCUGCAGACCUGUUAAGAAGAGACCCUGCUGCAUUUGAGUACCUCUAUAUACAGAGUCGCAAUGACGUUAUCAAGGAGCGCUUCAGCAUGGACUGGAAAUCUGACGUUACGUUACGACUGGCUGCGCUCCACAUCUACAUCACUGUGUCCUCUGCAAGGCCUAAUCAGAAGAUUUCUCUCAAACAUGUUGAGAAAGAAUGGGGACUAGAGCCCUUUCUUCCGCUUACUCUCCUUCCCACAGUGAAGGAGAAAAAUGUGUGUAAAUCCUUGUCUCAGCUGCUGAAGACAUACCAACAUCCACCACCAUCAGGGAACAAGGUUCCUCCACUCCAGGGAAAGCUGCAGUACAUGCGAAUACUCAACGAUCUUCCACCUUUUGGUGGAAUACUCUUUCACACAGUGGGAUUGGACGAAAAGCAGUCUGCCACAACACUACUAGUGGGGCCUCGACAUGGAAUCAGUCAUGUUAUUGAUCUCAAAAACAAUCUCACAACCGUUCUGGCUGAGUUCAGUAGGAUUUCCAAGAUCCAGCUUUUUAGAGAGAGUCAAGGAGUAGCUCGUGUUGAAGUAUCAAUUCAUGAGGCCAAGCCUCUGGUUUUACUCAUGGAAUGGCCUGAUGCCAGUAACUUUGCGUGCCUCAUUUCUGGCUACUAUAAGCUAUUUGUAGACCCCAAACGAAGCAUCUUCAUCCGUAACUUUGGUCAGUCUCAGCUAACCAAGCCAGAUUACAGAAGUUCCCACCAUCCCCAUCCACGAGCUGGGGCAGCUGGAUUGCAAAGUGGAGGGCGGCGAGGGGAGGAGAGGGAAAGUUCCCACAGAGAGUCAGGAAGUUCAAGACCCGUGGUUCCUGCAGAACCUCAACAUCUAGGCUUGUGUCACAUUCACCUUAGAGAGCAGCAACAAUUCCAGGAGCUCCAAGUGCACCCAGAGACCGAGCUCGACAUUAACGAGAACUUUAUUUCUCAUGAGCCACCUGGUCGACCUCGUACCAAAUCAGAUCCCACACAGGAGACCACAGAGGAAAUAGUUGGGGUUUUAGAGAGCCCAGCUGUAGAGAAGACAGGAUUUCGAGUGAGGGCCCAAACAAUGGGUCAGUCAAAGAAAACUUCACGGUACUUCUGUGAUUCCUGCAAAGCCAGGCUAAAGGCUGAGGGUCAUUCUACUGCAGCAAACAGCAGUGGGAGCUCGGGGAGACAUUGCUCCAGUGCUUGUGCCUCUCGAGAUGUCGGGGCAGUAGACCUCAUGGCUCUCCCACCUCCUGGCAAUGAAGAAGAGGAGGAGGCAGAUAUUGGAGGUGAAAAGUUGCAACCACCGCCGCCUGCCAUUGCUGCCCCACCACCUGGUUUCAGGGAUAACAGUUCUGACGAGGACGAUCCGAAAAGAGCAAAGAAGGCCCGAACUAGCACUAAUAUUGAAAUUGCUAAAGGAAAGCAAGCACAAGCUAAAGAAGAUGUGCCUGUGACACUGAUUGAUAAUGUGGCCACAAGAACAGUUCGAGACCAUGCCCAGGAGCUUGAUGAUGCUCUGGUGUCCACCUUACAGGCGCUUGAGGCUUUGGCAGCCUCAGAAGACUACCCGCAUCAUCCUCAACAACCAACACAGACUGCAGGGUUGAUUGUCUUAGCUGCCAUUACACCUGAGUCAUCGCUGGAUUCAGGUCAUGAGACCAACUCCUCUGAAUUGACAGAUGUUUCUGAGAUGAUGUCGGCAAUGAAGCAAAACCAGAACCAGGCAUAUCUCCUAGCUCACCAUAUCAACAAGGAGCGCAUUCUCUGCCGUCGUGACUUCCCCAUGGCAAUCCCUGGCUGCACUGCAAAGACCAUAGGGACUGGGGCUUUUACUGUGGGUCAGAUUCGUGCUGGUUGCCCACCCAAGCAAGUAAUCCUGAGUAAGACUGUUCCCUUUAAAGUAAGCCCUGGCCAAGAUUCAGCAAUACUUAGGGUUAUGACAGAACAAGGUGGCACUCAAGACACUUCUCAGACUGAACAGAAAGUAGAAUUAAAAGCAAUAUCAGAAUCUGUCAAAGCAAACACAAUUGAGCCUGAUUCUAAGAAAUCAGAAGAACCUAAAACAGUGAAUCCACCACUGACAACUCAAGUUAAUGCUGAUCAGACCAUAUCAAACUCUUCAGAAAUAACCCAAUCUCAAAAUCUGUCUGAUGGUGUGAAGAUUAAGACAGCAGCGCCUCUUGCUAUAGACCCAAUACACAAAGCCUUACCUAAAAUUUUGCCUGUGGACACAAAUGUUUCUGUCAAGAUCUCCUCCACUAAUAUGUGCCAAGAAGCUAAGACUGCCUCCAGUGAGACCAUGAAGCCUUCAAGCUCUGCAGAUCUUCUGCCGGUGGAUGACCUUUUCUGCACAUGCCCCGUGCAACAGGAACCCACACCUCAACUAAGACUAAAAGACCCACAGGUCCAAAAGAUGAUAGUGUUUCAGUCUUCCUCCCCCACAGAUGAUGAGCGUCUCCGAGCCAAAGGCCUCCAACUGGCAAAUAAUAAAGAAAAUGCAACAAGAGUAGGAGCUGAUCCUACUUUGGCAAAGGCAAGCAAUCAAAUACAAAGUAAGUUAUCCCCUCAUUUGCCUGUAAAGGUGGAAAGGAAGGAAACAUCUGAAAACAAGACUGAGGGUGCCCUGGUAAAGUCCCACUCAGAAUCACAGAAUCAGAAAUCCACUGUAAAAUCCUUACCUAUUUUAGAUGAUCUCACAACACCAAGUCCCAAUGUGGAAAAAGUCUCCACUCUUCCAGCUAGAGACUCAAAGAAGCAGGGCAGUGACAAGAAGUCACAGCGCAAUGCUCCUUUUUUGAGCUUUAGGAACCUUCUUUCAGCAACUUUUCCUGCAAGAAUGAGAAAAGAGACAGAUGAACGAAGAGCACAGUUACAAAAAGUUCGGCAGUAUGAGCUAGAGUUUUUAGAGGAAUUGUUGAAGCCCAAGUCAUCACAAGGGGAAUUUAUACCACAAAGAUCCUCUCCUGUGCCAUCAGGCACUCCUUGCGCCUGCCAACUUCGUACCAGUCCUGUUCUUAAAGCUCCAGGGAUAUCCAGGGAGCAGCGACGCAGUUGUGACUGUAAACGAAUGUGCAGGGGUAUGCGACUACCUGACACACCAGUUGGCACCACCACAGAGACAAAAAAUCGAGGCAGAGAGAGAAAUAUCUCAAAGACCCCUCCAGCUGUUUCCAAAACUCCUCAUACCCAAGGUGGUACAAGGAGACCUCAAACUUUAGAGAUCAAAACCACAAGAAUACGAUCUACCAGUCUUGAGUCAAGAGAGCCAAGGGGAGACCACAGUUCUUGCUUGCAAACCUGUACUUCUCGAACCGACUGCAUAGGAGCUCCACAAUACAAAAAGCUUCAGAGACGAUACAGCAUUGGAGAGCUAGACAAUAGUUCAAACACACCUGUGUAUGCUGAGGUGAAACCAAAACCCAAAAGUCUGGAGAAAGAAAUGGAAAGAGUGAGGGCCACAGGAUUAAGGCUUCCCACUCCUAUAGAGCCAGUUCACACUCAGUCUCAUCAGGCAGAUAGUAAAGGGAAAAGGGGUGUCUUUUUCAUUCAAGGAGAGGAACUGCUACGUGAUACUAAAGAAGGAACUGGGGAGGUUUUGCUUACAUUGCCCAGUGAAGAUAGUGAUGACAAAGACAAAUGCUGCUCAUUUUGUUUCUGUUAUAGGAAGUGUGAAGCCACAGAUGAAAGCAGUGAGAAAGAUGAACUCUCAUAUUCCAUACCUCUACAGGUCCUUCCAGGAAUGGAGAUAGACUCGCGCACAUUUCCUGUUGUAAGCAAAACACUCCAGGUCUUAAAUGCAGAAGAUUGCAGUGGGGAAGAAGAGGUUGAAGAGGAAGAAGAAGAGGAACCACAGACACAAGACAUUGACCUAAGAACCUGUGGCACACUGGAAGGGAGUCUUGCACGUGUACAGGCUCUGCAAGGGAAAAGUUUCAGUUUACCUGACGGUUUUCUAAAUGCUCAGCUGGAUGCCAAUGAGUUGCUAGCUAUCCUUCGACAGUGUGCCAGCAGCCCACAGGCUGACGGCGAAGCUCGUCUUCAGUCUUCACGGAUUGCAGAGUACAAACAGGAACUGGCUGUGCGGUUCAAAGAGUUCAGGGCAUCAUGUCGACGAGUGGCAAGUGUUGAAAAAAGCCCAACACGAAUGCUUGCUGUUGUUUCAGACAGCUUCCAGGUGUUAUGUGAACUAACUCAGACCUUCAUCAAACUGGUCAGAGGAGUCCGCUCAGACGCCCAAAGGCUACAGCUGUUGAGGAAAGUUGAGGAAGUUGCUAUCAACUACACUUUACUACUUCGUGCAGCGGAAGAGUCCAUGGGACACUCAAGCAGUUUGCCAACAAAGACAAUGAGCCCUCAAAUUUGCUCCAAUACCAAUAACAUGAGCUCACUUACACGACCCAUCAAAACUCUGCCUGCACAGUAGGAAUGAAUCUGGCAGGAACAUGGGUGGCUACUUUAGCCAAAUUCAUUAUUUAUUUAGCUUUUACAAUUUUUACUAAAUCUGCAAUGAAUCAUUCAAUUGCAAUGCAACUCUUUCAUCCCAUGUUUACAGGCCCUGAGGUAGCCUUGUUUUGAAAACAGUGAUACACCAAACUAAUGCACAAUGGAGCAAGACCUCUACAGCAGGCUGGGUGAUACAGGGCUAAUCACCUCAUAUGAAUAUU